AUGCUCUUCCCCCCGGAGAACAUGAUCCGGAACCCCAAGCCCAUGUACGCCACGACCUGCAGCGCCCUGAAGAAGCGCUCGGCCCCUGAGGACCCUAGUCCCAUGCCGGCGGGCCUCUUCCUCAACAACUCGGCUCCAGUUCCCAUCCGCCAGGCGCGCCGCCGCCCCUACAACCCAGCGCCGCUCCCAGAGGGCUUCGUGGCCCGUAUGGCGGCGGCAAGACGGGCCUGA